UCACCAGCUCCACCCCCACCAUGUCCGACAAUUCCACUCCCACCUUAAAUACCAGCUCCACUCCCACAACCCCCAGCUCCACUCCCACCAUGACUGACAACUCCACUCCUACCUCCACCCCCACCACGACCGACAACUCCACUCCCACCCCAACCCCCAGCUCCACCCCCACCAUGAGCAACAAUUCUACUCCCACCUUAACACCCACCUCUACCCCAACCACUACUGACAACUCCACUCCCAACUCAACCCCCAGUUCCACUCCCACCACCACUGACAAUUCCACUCCCACCUCAAACCCCAGCUCCACUCCCACCAUGACCGACAACUCCACUCCCACCUCCACCCCCAGUUCAACUCCCACCACAAUCGUCAACUCCACUCCCACCUCAACCCCCAGCUCCACCCCCACCAUGACCGACAACUCCACUCCCACCUCAACUGCCACCUCCGACCCGACAAUGACUGACAACUCCACUCCCACCUCAACCCCCAACUCCACCCCCACCAUGACCAAGAACUCCACCCCCACCUCAACCCCCAGCUCCACUCCCACCACGACCGACAAAUCCACACCCACCUCAACCCCAAGUUCCACUCCCACCACGACCGACAAUUCCACUCCCACCUCAAACCCCAGCUCCACUCCCACCAUGACCAACAACUCCACUCCCACCUCAACUCCCAGCUCCGCCCCGAGCACAACCAACAACUCCACCCCAAUGGGUGCCACAACCCCCAGCUCCACUCCCACCUCAACCCCCAGUUCCACCCCCACCAUGACCGACAAUUCCACUCCCACAUCAACGCCCAGCUCCACCCCAACCACAACCAACAACUCCACCCCAACUGGUGCCGCAACCACUAGCUCCACACCCACCACGACCCCCAACUCUGCUGCAGUCAUGAAUCCCAGCUCCACCCCCACCACAACCGACAACUCUAUUCCCACCUCAACCCCCAGCUCCACUCCCACCACAACCGACAACUCCACACCCACCUCAAACACCAGCUCCACUCCCAUCACGACCGACAAUUCCACUCCCACCUCAACCCCCAGUUCCACUCCCACCACGACCGACAAUUCCACUCCCACCUCAACCCCCAGUUCCACUCCCACCACGACCGACAAUUCCACUCCCACCUCAACCCCCAGUUCCACUCCCACCACGACCGACAACUUCACUCCCACCUCAACCCCCAGCUCUGCCCCGAGCACAACCAACAACUCCACCCCAAUGGUUCCACCCCCACCAUGA